GGAUGCAGUUGCCGACGUGUCCGAGGAGCUGAAGGAGACUUCUCUCGAAGAGAAGGCAUAGACCUGGUCGCGUUGAUACGACCGCACUCUAGACCUUAUAUACGCACGUGUGCUCUUGAUCGCUUGCUUGCAUCAGCGUCUGCAUGGAAUGAGGUCCUCUCGAUCUCAGCAUUUUUCUUUCAACGUUUCUUUCUCUUAUAUUCAUCCUUUUUUUCGCACUGCACAUGCAGAUCAUGCUCCCUUUCUGUUGCUGUUGCGCCUUUUACAUAGCUAUGAAGAUGCAUAUCUGCUCUGGGGUCCUGGCUUCAUUCCCACUGUCUGCCAUAUACAUGACUUUCCACUGCUCCUCCCCGUUGCUAUCUUUCUUGUUUAUAUCAACCUCUCUUCCUGUCACCUCGACCCUUUGAUUUCUUUUCUUUUUCUUCCUCUUUUCGGAUAUGUAUUUCCAGCCGGCUUCAUGCUGUUUUUUUCCAUUUGGUAUGAGAUGAUGAGAGACAGCAGGCGCACUGUGGAAAAACGGUGCAUGCCCCGCUCUUAAAAUAAAAGUCCGGAAGGGAAAGGAAAGGAUGCAAAUAAAACGAGCUUCCUGUUUAUGUUAAACUGCCCACGUACUUGAUGUUCUGUAAUCAGUAUUGGUGUGAAUGGCGUGCCCGUCGGUAGAUGACAUGAGUCAUGAAGAGAACCUUUUGGCUA